ACUGUUGCAACUUUGUUACAUGGCUGGUUCACUUAUGACCUGUCUGUUUUAGCUCCAACYACCAAGCCGCCUGUACCGACUGGUGGUCCAGACUUGUGUGUUAUAACCAAACCAUGUCAAAAUGGUGCAGUGUGUAUCAGUAGUCCAGGAGGCUACACAUGUUUGUGCAAACCUGGAUUCACUGGAACGAACUGUGAAUUAGACGUUGAUGAAUGCUCAAGGAAUCCGUGCAGAAAUGGAGCUACAUGUAUCAACAAUUUUGGCGGCUAUCGAUGUAAAUGUACUGCAGAAUUUCAAGGCAAACAUUGCGAUAUUGAUGUCAAUGAAUGCAUCAAAAAGCCGUGUCAAAAUGGAGGAACUUGUAGCAACAAACCAGGAGGAUACACUUGCUAUUGCCCCAUUGGUAUMUUGGGAAAAGAUUGUGAAACUGAUAUAGAUGAGUGUCAAAGUCAACCUUGUCAAAACGGUGGAACAUGUCAAAAUAAUGUUGGAGGUUACAAGUGUUUCUGUCAUCCGGGAUUCAAUGGUCAAAAUUGCGAAAAAGAUAUCGAUGAGUGUUCCUUGAAAAACCCAUGUCAAAAUGGUGCAACAUGUGUCAACAGCAAAGGAAGUUACACUUGUCAGUGUCUACCUGGAUUUACUGGAAAACAUUGUGACCAAGAUAUCGAUGAGUGUUCCUUGAAAAACCCAUGUCAAAAUGGUGCAACAUGUGUCAAUAGCAAAGGAAGUUACACUUGUCAGUGUCUACCUGGAUUUACUGGAAACCACUGCGAUCAAGAUAUCGACGAGUGCUUGAAAAACCCAUGUCAAAAUGGUGCAACAUGUGUCAAUAACGAUGGUGGAUAUAACUGUAGAUGUCUACCUGGAUUUACUGGAAAACAUUGUGACCAAGAUAUCGAUGAGUGUUCCUUGAAAAACCCAUGUCAAAAUGGUGCAACAUGUGUCAACAAUGAUGGUGGAUAUAACUGUAGCUGUCUACCUGGAUUUACUGGAAAACACUGUGAACUAGAGCCGACAACAAAGCCUGGACCAGUCCAGUACAACAAGGUGGGUUGCUUUUUUGACAAAGGAAAACCAAAUUCACGUCCUUUUCCAACACUACUGGCUAACCUUAGACCAGAAAUUGACUGGAAUGACCUUGUAACAACGGUGAUCAACAAAUGUGCAAAGAAGGCACUCRAAAAUGAGUAUAAGUAUUUUGGGAUCCAGUUUUACGGUGAAUGCUGGAGUGGACCUAAUUCGAAAGUGAAAUACGACAUCGAUGGUCCUUCAUCAAACUGUCCGGCAGGUGUUGGUGCUGGGGGMUCACUWAUGGUUUACAAAAUUGUUAGUUAAAAUAAAAGCAAACAUUAAAGUAAUAUGUUUGUACGGUA